AUGUGCACCACCCUCCUGCUCCUCGGCACGUUGGUCAUGAUGCUGCGGCGUCGCUUCUUCAACAAAGUCGAACCGGCCCCACAGCCUGGUCAGACCUUGCACCUGACUGCCAUCAUCACCAUCAUCUUCAUCAACGUGUGGCCG